AUGGAGCCUGUGGUUGAGGCCUUCGAGCCAACCAAGGUGAAGGUGAAGGGAGGUCAUCAGACAAUACCCACAGUCAACCCAGAUUACAAAAUCGUUGAAGAGCCUAUCGGCACGCGCCGGCCCCUCAGGGUCGUGUGCAUGGGGGCCGGCUACAGCGGCUUGAUGAUGGCCAUAAUCUUCAACGAGCGCAUGCGAGACUCAAAUGCCACCCUUCAGAUCUACGAGAGGAACGAGGAUAUCGGAGGAACAUGGCUCGAGAACAGGUACCCCGGGUGUCGAUGUGAUAUUCCCGCGCACAACUACGCCUACAGCUUUUGCCCUAACCCGGAAUGGCCGGGCUACUAUGCCACGUCUCGCCAGAUCUUCGCCUACAUGAAAGACGUCGAGAAGAAGUAUGAGUGUGAAAAGUUCAUCAAACUGAAGCAUUCCAUAACAUCCGCCAUUUGGGAUGAGGCCAAAGGGAAGUGGCAGCUCAAGGUGAAGGGCAGUGAUGGAGUAGAGUUCUCAGACGAGGCCGAUGUGUUCAUCAACGCUGGUGGCGUCUUGAACAACUGGAAGUGGCCAUCAAUCGAGGGCCUGCACAGCUUUGAGGGAAAAUUGUGCCACUCGGCGAAGUGGGAUGACACAUACGACUUCACAGACAAGCGCGUCGCUGUCAUCGGCAUCGGCUCCUCUGGCAUCCAGAUUGUGCCUCAACUCUCAAAGGUCUGCAAGAGUAUGGAUGUCCACGUCCGUACACAGACAUGGAUCAGCCCCGCUCCCGGUAUCAACGAGCCGACUGACAAUGACCCGGAGAUGGACGACGACUACAACUUCACCGAGAAGACGAUGAAAGAAUUCCAGGACCCGGAAACCCUGCGCCAAUACCGCAUUGCUAUCAUGGACCGUCGGAUACAGAACUUCCAGCGAGCCAUGGCCGACUCGGACACCCAGCUCAAGGCACAGGAGGUGUUCCGGAAGUCGAUGACGGAGCGACUGGGCAACAGCGCCAAGGGCAAGCGGGCUGCGGAGAUGCUGCUCCCCACGUUCCCUGUCGGCUGUCGCCGCCAGACGCCGGGUCCCGGUUUCCUCGAGUCCCUCCUGCAGGACAAUGUUGAGAUGGUCUGGGACAGCAUCCAGACCGUGACGCCGAAGGGCAUCAAGUUCAAGACCGGCGAGGAGGCCGAGUACGAUGUCAUUGUCUGUGCAACGGGAUUCGAUACGACGUUCAAGCCUGCGUUCCCGAUUAUCGGCAGGAAUGGAGUCGACCUCCGCGAAAAGUGGACGUUGGAUCGCCCCAAGGCUUACUUUGGAAUUUGCGUUCCUGACAUGCCGAACUACUUCACUUUCAUCGGCCCGAACUCGCCCAUCUCCAAUGGAUCCUUAGUCCUUGGCAUCCAGGCUGUUGGCAUGUAUGUCUACAAGUGGCUCAACAAGCUGCAGACGGAGGGCUACCACUCAUUCGAGGUCGGGUCGGACGUCAACGAGGAGUACAACCAGCACAUGCAGCAGUACCUGGAACGAACAGUAUGGACGCGUGGCUGCCGCAGCUGGUACAAGCGGGGCACUGUUGACGGGCCGGUCGUCGCCAUCUACGGUGGGACCAGCUUCCACUUCAUGGAGGCCAUCAAGAACCCAAGAUGGGAGGACUUCACCCUGAAGAGGCUCCCCGGCGCGCCAUCACAGAACCGCUUUGCCUACCUGGGCAACGGGUUCAGCCUCGCAGAGACCAAGAAUAAGUCGGUGGGAGCAACGCAGACGCUGGACUUUGACGAGUACUGGAAUCUGUUCAAUCUCCCUGAGAUACAUAAUUAG